AUGGAAGAUAAUAAAGGUACAGUUUGUGUAACAGGUGGAACCGGGUAUGUAGCAUCAUGGCUAAUUAUGAGGCUUCUUCAACAUGGUUACUUGGUUCGAGCCACCGUUAGAUCCCACCAUGCUGCAGAACGCAAGAAAGACCUCAGCUAUCUCACAAACUUACCAGAAGCAUCAAAGAGGCUCCAAAUCUUCCAUGCUGACCUCGAUCAACCGGGUAGUUUUAACUCGGCCAUUGAAGGGUGUGUAGGAGUCUUCCAUCUUGCACACCCAAUGGAUGUUCAAGGCCAAGAACCUGAAGAAACAGUGACAAAGCGAGCUGUGGAAGGAACCCUAGGCAUUUUGAAGGCGUGUCUAGAAUCAAAGACAGUGAAACGAGUGGUUUACACUUCUAGUGCAACUACAGUCUUAUUCAAUGGUAAUGGUCUUGAUAUGUUGGAUGAAGAUACGUGGAGCGACCUUGAAAUUUGUCGAAGUAGUAAUAUUGUAAGCUCUUCGUAUUUGGUCUCUAAAAUUUUAACUGAGAAGGCUGCUUUAGAGUUUGGAAAAGAGAAUGGAUUGGAGGUCGUGAGCUUGAUUCUUCCUUUGGUCGUAGGACCCUUUAUUUGUCCCAAAAUUCCAUCAUCUGUGUAUAUAGCACUCGCCAUGAUCUUCGGAGAUGAAAACCAAUGUCAAUACCUCGUAAACUCAUAUAUGGUGCACAUAGAUGAUGCUACCCGUGCUCUUAUAUUUCUUCUUGAUUAUGAUGAUGCUAAUGGAAGGUAUAUUUGUUCCUCGGACCAAAUAUCAUUUGAUGAGAUGCAUGCACUACUUUGUCAAAGAUAUCCAGAGUAUCACAUAACAAUACCAAACAACAUAAGGGAGACAACAAACACUGAUCGCAAGUUCAGUGGUCUUUCUUCAAGAAAGUUGUUGAAUACUGGGUUCCAGUUUGAAUACGGAAUCAAUGAAAUGUACGAUGGAGCUAUGAAGUGUUGCAAAGAGAAAGGCUUUCUUUAG